UCAAUCCAACCUGGAGUUCAUCAGGAAUAUAGUGUCCAACCGACUGGCAUCACUGGCUAUGAGUGGGCCAAGAUAUUCUCCAAGUACAACAGUGGCACAUACAACAAUCAGUGGAUGCUGGUGGACUACAAACAGUUCAUUCCUACGGCGGAGCUGAAAGAUGGUCUUCUCUUCGUGCUGGAACAACUGCCUAAGUACAUCAACGUGACGGACGCUACCCAGUCGCUGCGUGACCAGACCUACUGGGCGAGCUACAGCGUGCCCGCCUUCCAAUUCAUCUACAGCAAAAGUGGCUGGUGGAAACUGGUGGACAAGUACGGUGACUGGUUCACAUAUGACCGAACACCGCGGGCACUCAUGUUCUUGCGUGAUCACAACAGGGUGCGAGACAUGGACUCCAUGAUCAAACUGAUGAGGUACAACGACUACAAGAACGACCCGCUGGCGCACUGCAACUGCACACCCCCGUUCAGUGCCGAGAACGCCAUCUCGGCCCGUAGCGAUCUGAACCUGGCCGACGGCGUCUACCCAUUCCCGUCGCUGGAACACAGGGCGCAUGGCGGAAUUGACAUGAAGCUCGUCAACAGCACCCUAAUGUCAAAGCUCGAGUUCGUGGCGGUGAGUGGGCCAACCUGGGAACAGCAGCCUCCUUUCCGCUGGAGCUCAUCCGGGUUCAUGGACCGCCACGAGGGCCACCCGGACGUCUGGGCAUUCGAGCCGUUUGUUCACCACUGGCUCUUGAUGAAACAAGACGAAUUCAAAUAAGGAAAAAAAUAUCUGCUGCUCAGUAACGGCAUUUGUUUUGACGCGACAUUUAUUUUCUGUUGGUAGAACGAGCUGCUCUACUACGUUAGCCACCACAGCUGCAUAAUAGGGACACCACACAAUUACUUUAUUAUAAUGAAGUCUUUUCCCUGUAGACUCAAUUAGCAUUCAUUUGGCUGAGCAAGUAGCGAAGAAAUGAAAGGGACAAGCUCCGAAAGCUUAUUAGGUCGAGUCCUUGCUUGCUUAAGAUAGCAAUGUUACUGUCUUGUCUAUGAGCUGUUAAUCAGCCUCGACCAUGUACAAAUGUGAGAAUUUUGCGCCCAUGCAACUUUGCCGGUGUGAUGUCAGUGUGAUGUCACAGAUUAUUGUGAUGUCACAGAUUUCAAAGCAUUUCUCUUUUCCUUUUCAUAUAUUUUUCUCAAAGCUUAUUAGGUUAGGCCUUUGUGUACUUUAGAUUGUAAUGCAAUUUUCUUUUUUGAUGACCUGUUUACCACUCCCAUGGAUGCGCUGUACAAAUCUCAUGACGCCACAAAGAGACCCCGUAGAGCUUGAAGGGACUUGAAACCAGACUUUUGUUUGUGCCUCCUUAACAAGAUAGCCCUUCCAGUGAAGACUGAAGAUUCUAUUCUGAAAGUGUAACUCACCAACUCAUCUUAACCUUAGCAAGCGACUGCUAGCGUCAGCAUCUUAAAUGGGUGCGUCGAACGGCAGUACUGCCAACUGUUCCAAAUGUUCGAAACAUGCGAAGAUUACUAAAUUGUUGCUAGCCAUUAUUGUUAACGGUCGAGGGAAGCUGCUGUGGUAUUUAUAUAUAUGUCCGUCGGUAGCAUUGAACGAAGCUCGUUCACAACUAAACGCCAAAGUGAUGCCUUGCUACCGUGCGAUUUUUCAUUUUUUCUCCGUUUUCAUAAUAUGUGUUCUUUCAUGGUUGUGCGCGCAUUCUAUCUUGGCUUGUGUGAUUAUUUUCGCUGUGACUACAUGUUCUGCUACCAGCAAUAAAAUGAAGAUGUCUGUCAGUAAGGCUCUA